CCCCCGCAGCGGAAGCCCACCUGGCUCCGGCGCUACGAGGCGCAGCAGGAGCCGGACGGGCUGGAGACGGCGGUCCUCGGCCUCACCUUCGUCACCCGCCGCAGCCACUUCCCCGGGGGCGAGCUGCGUCUCAAGUGCGUCGCCAAGAUCGCCACUAUCUACUUCCAGUCGCAGGAGACGUCGGUUAUCGAGACGGGCUUCUUCAAGCACACGCAGGCGGAGGAGAGGAGGCAUAAGGACCAUUCGUAUUUCUUCGGAAACAGCGCACCGAGAACCACAACCAGCUUUUUCUCUCUGGUUUUGGCAACUGUUGCUCUUCUACGAAACACAGGAUUCCACGUGGAUUUGGUACAACCGUUCUUGUAGUUAUGCUGAACAAGAACACGAACAUAACGUAGAACAUAAGUUGUAGAACAUAAGGAAUCCCUCCUGUUUCCCCCCCCCCCCCACCCCUUCUGCCACCACUAUGAGAAAUACUGAUGAAAAAGAUACGUAAAUUUAUUAAAAGAAUAUGUUAGUUUAUGUGAUUUUUUUUUUCUCACGUAAAUGGCACGAUUCCAUAAAUGUUGUGGAUUGGUCGAUGCCAUUGUGUGCGAUCCAGACUAAAUUUCAUAAGAAUAAUAAUGAUAACACUACACUGUUGUAGCUUACUGAAGAUUAAGAAAAACAAAAACAAGACAGAAUGAUCCUGAAGAAAAUAAGAUAUUUACGAUGU